UUUUCACUACUUCCUUUGUUUAUCGCGGGAAAUACAGUUGCAGGUUCUUUCAGAUGUGCGCUAGGUUAUUUUUUAGACGAAAGGCCUAAUGGACCCUUCGGAGGUGGAAUUCCUAGCUGAGAAAGAGAUGGUGACAAUAAUUCCCAAUUUCAGCCUAGAUAAAGUCUAUCUGAUCGGGGGUGAAUUGGGCCCUUUUAAUCCUGGAUUGCCUGUGGAUGUGCCUCUCUGGCUGGCUAUAAACUUAAAGCAAAGACAGAAAUGUAGAAUUGUUCCUCCUGAAUGGAUGGAUGUAGAAAAACUGGAAGUGAUCAGAGAACAAGAGAGAAAAGAAGACACAUUUACUCCUAUCCCCAGUCCAUAUUAUAUGGAGCUCACAAAGUUGCUGCUCAAUCAUGCUUCUGAUAAUAUUCCAAAAGCUGAUGAAAUCCGAACACUAGUAAAAGACACUUGGGACACUCGUAUCGCAAAACUCCGUCUGUCAGCUGACAGCUUUGUCAGUCAGCAAGAAGUGCAUGCCAAGCUGGACAACCUGACACUGAUGGAGAUUAACACAAUUGGGACUUUCUUUACGGACUCACUGAAUAACUUGUUUAAAAUUCGUGCAAACUUGCAGCCUAGAGGAGAGAGCACCAUGUCCCAAGAAUACUAGACACAUUUCUUCCACAUUGAUUGGCUUGUUGCAUCCCGGACACUUCAGUGCCAAAGAAAAUAAAGUCAUGUUUCUUAUUAACAGGCUAAAAGAGGAACUAGACUUUGCUGGAGAAUUCUGACUUGAUCAGGAUAAGUAAACAAUACUGAUUUGGGUUUGCGUUAACAUAAGAUAACCGCAAAAGUUAAAGUCAAGAAGUUAACCUUUUUAAACUUUUAACCUUUAUUUCAAAACGUGGAAACCAUUUGCAGCUACUGGUUUCGGAGCUGACUGCUUUGAUUUGGUUUCCAGUAGAUAUCUGCCAUUUUAUAUGAAAAAAGGAAACAUACUGAUUUUUUUGUAUUUACCAUACAUCUUUUCUAUACAUAUGCAAAUUAAAAAAUAAUCCUAAUGCUUUCUAAU